UCUGAGGGUGCCUGUGUACUCUCAUGUAAGACGGGUUGGGAAAUUUAAACGUCGGCGCUUUGUAAGGUAUAAAGACAGAAGACUUCGCACUAAAGUUGUUCGUUUGGACUACGUAUUUUGUUCUGUCGCCGACGUGUUUUCGCUGCCCUUGUAUAACAGUUGCAGACGCUCCCUUCCUGAAACCCGUUAGAGCGCGUUCAUCAGGUCGAAUUUUGCGCUUAACUGCGCGAAAUAGUAGAUUUAUAUAUCAUUUAAUCAGUAUUGUAACCUAAAAAAACGAAUGAGAAAUCGAUCCGCGCGUAAAAGCUUGACUUCCACACAAGAAGCGAAUUUGCGCAAAAGUCGCUCAUUAUACGUAACAUGUGGAAAAGUCUUUACUGUCAGAGCGCAUUCACACCAUGAUUCACACUCAUUAAUAAUUCAGGAAAUUGAGGGUAGUUAGUCUGCCGAUGGACUUCCUCAUUUGAGUCAGUAGCAGCUACCCGUGAGACGUCAACAUGUCGCUUAAAGACUCGCUUGAAUCCGGACUGGACUUCAUUGAAUUUCUGGGAGACAGAAUAUCAAUCACCAGCAAGAGGGAACUACGUGACAUCUACAACUCUGAAUUUAAGGGCAGACAAGGAAUAAAAGACCCUAGGUUCUCCAGUGUUCUCUACGCCCUUCUGAAAUUCAGCAAAGCCCAAAUAAGACAGGGGGAAAUCUUCAUAAAUGUCAAACCUCAGGUUCGAGUGUACUGUGAUCAGUGGAGGAGGCCUCGGGCCCCUCAUCCGCCACACAGUCCCAGCUCUGGUCCUCAGAAGACAGCUGAGACACCUGCAACCUCCAAUGUCCGCUCUACCCCUGUGAUCCCUGUGCUGACCCCCAAGAAAAAGCUGGCUACGGAAAUUCUUCACAAGUUAAAGGUCAACAGGAAAGAGUUGACAGCUGACAAGGGGGGCAUUGAGAUCACUUCAGACCCCGGGGCGAGCGGUGGAAAGGUUCAGUUCACUGUGGAUCGUCUGAAGGAGCUGUUCAUCCUCAAGUUCCACAUUGUAAACAAGGGUGCAAACUGUGUCCACUUCACCUACUACACUGCCCUGCACAAGAUACGCUGUUUCAUUCUGGAGGAUGAGAGGAGAGUGACCAGAGCCUGUCCGCUGUUCCUCUGUCCUGGAGAAAGCUAUGAAGUUGUGGUUCGGUACGUGCUGAACCACUAUGGAUACUUCCCUGCCACAAUGUACUUUGAGUUCUGCCCGGAUCUGCCGGGAUCUGUGCCCUUUUGCAUUGUGAGGGAGAUGGAAGCAGCAGCCAGGACCCCGCUGGCUGUGGAGCUGGGGCCCGUGGCUCCUUACAAACCAUUUCAGAUGGUCACAUACAAGCCUGUCGACACCGUGAUAGUGGAGGGAGUACCUCCUGAGAGUUCUGUUGUCCAGAAUCUAAAGUUGACAGUGAAAUUAGGAGACUACAAGUACUCUCACUACCUAAAGGAACUGGCUAAACAAGGGAUGGAGGACUCUGAGUAUCUCUCCCCAGCUGCCAGGCAGAAACUCCCAUCACUGAGAGGUCUCCUCAACUCUCCGUUAAAGAUGAAGAACUACUCUCAGCGUUUUCACCUCCUGCUAUACCUGGAAGAGAUACAGAUGGAGGUGGACAUCAGGAAGUAUGACCUCCACAAUCAAAUCAUGACUCAAGACCAAAGCAACAGAAAACUGCUCACACUCAGAGUUCCUGGUGUUGCUGAGAAUCGGCCAUCUGUGCUACGAGGAGACUGUCUGAGGGUGUCCCAAUCUGAAGACACGGUCCAGCCGAUCACUGUGUACACCGGAUAUGUUCACAGAGUAGAGCUGGACAGCGUAAAGCUGGGCUUCUCAAAGAGGUUGUUGCAGAUUUUUCUCAGCAAUAUGAAGUUUGACGUAGAGUUUACUAUCAACCGGUUCCCGUUGAAGCUGCAGCAUAGGGCGGUGGAUUUGGCAGCAAAACAUCAGCUCGAAGAGGUGCUGUUCCCAUCUGGUGCAGCAGUGGAUAAUCUCCCCAUGCCUAAACUCAGGAUGUUCAACCGUCAGCUAGAAAACAACCCGCAGCAACAUGCUGCAGUACAGCGCAUUGUAGCCGGAUCAUCAAAGCCUGCUCCCCAUCUUGUGUUUGGGCCUCCUGGAACUGGAAAGACAAUCACUCUGGUUGAGGCUAUGAAUCAGGUCAGCAGGGCAGACCCGUCAGCCCACAUCCUCGCCUGUGCACCUUCAAACAGUGCAUGUGACCUUCUCUGUGAGAGACUGAUGGUACACAUGGAUCCUCAUCAGGUGUACCGUGUGUACGCCAGCAGCCGAGACCCAAGAACUGUCCCCACGCACCUUCUGAAAUACUGUAACUGGGACCAGGGACAAGAUGGUUUUGUGUGUCCAGCUAAAGGAAUUCUGAUGAAAUACACAAUCGUAGUUACAACUAUGGUCACAGCUGGCAGACUGGUGUCCGGAGGAAUCCCAGUCGGACAUUUUACCCAUGUCUUUUUGGAUGAAGGAGGCCAGGCAGUGGAGCCAGAGUGCGUCAUUGCUAUUGCAGGUCUGCUCAGUGCAGAGACGGGUCAGUUGGUGCUCGCAGGAGAUCCCAAGCAGCUGGGACCGAUCCUUCGCUCCCCAUUUGCACUGCAGUAUGGACUCGGGCUUUCUCUGCUUGAGAGACUGAUGAGACAUAACGCUUUAUAUCAGAAAAGUACAGACUCCGGACACUUUGACACCCGCUUUGUCACCAAACUGCUGCGAAACUACAGGUCUCAUGUUGCCAUUCUGAAAAUCCCCAAUGAGCUGUUCUAUGAAAAUGAACUGCAGGUGUUUGCUGACCAGUGGGAUCGUGAGGCUUAUUGCAACUGGGAAUACCUUCCCAAAAAGGGUUUCCCAGUGAUCUUCCACGGGGUGAUGGGAAAAGACGAGAGAGAGGCCAACAGUCCUUCUUUUUUCAAUGUGUCUGAGAUUGAAGUUCUGGUCGACUACCUCACCAAGCUGAUGGAAACACAAGGAAAGAAGGGUCUCCCCAAACUCUCUGCAAAAGACAUUGGCAUAAUCGCCCCCUACAGGAAACAAGUUGAGAAAAUCCGAAAGGCACUGAAGUCUGUCUCAGGUCUGAGUCGAUGGAGUGAUCUCACAGAACUCAAGGUGGGUUCUGUGGAGGAGUUUCAGGGACAAGAGAGAAAGAUCAUCAUGGUCUCUACUGUCCGCAGCAGCAUCAACUAUGUCAAGAUGGACAAAGACUUCAACAUUGGAUUCCUGUCAAAUGAAAAGAGAUUCAAUGUGGCCGUGACCAGAGCCAGGUCCCUGUUGAUAGUCGUGGGAAACCCUGUGAUCCUCAAUAAGGACCCCACCUGGGAGAAGUUCAUCAGCUACUGUGUGAAGGAGGGGGGUUACACUGGAUUUGACUUUAAAGAUGCAGAAGGAGAAGAUGAUAUUGUGUCAAGACUGGCAACCCUGAAAAUCAACGUGGAUUCUGACAAUCCUGUAGCAGAGGAGAGUGCCCUCCAGCAGUAUGUGGACCCUGAAUGGAAAAAUGAGCAUUAACAUCUCCACCAUUUGCAGUGACAUCCUCAAAAGAUAAUUAGAUAGUACAAUAGAAGUACAUAGAGGCGAAGCAAGUAUCAGAAUUUCAUUUUUCCUCUCUUUGAGCUUUAAACGCAACAUUGGCAUCUAUUAUUUAAGAAUAUAUCCCUUUUUAUGAGCCUUUCUGAGAGCAGUUUGCAUAUUUUGGUGCAAUAAAACAGUGCUCUGUUUUUGAUGACAAUGCCAAAAUGAACUAGCGAAUCUCUUGUUUUUCACUUUGUCUCUUCGGUGGCUUUUUAAAUAAAGCUGCCACUUACAGCAAGUUCAAUUAGCAUGAACAUUGCUGCACACAAGCAAAUAAUUUUCUGAGUGAGAAAAUAAGGAGCAGACUGUUGUGUUUCUCAGGAAUUCCUCACCGUUUGUCUUACUGCUGUUUGAACUUUACAAGUCUCUUUUUAUCUCAUCUAUUCCUUUGAUUGUAUUUGAAUACUGAAGAAAUAGACACAUUUUUUAACCUUAUUGUACUGCACCCUGUCAUAUCAUAAUUACUAUGAUUAAUCAUCACCUUAAUGUUAACAUGCAGUAAACCAUAUUUGAUGUCUUCAUUUUCAACAAGAAUUGACCAAAGAAGGCGAGUCGGUCUUGUCUCAAAAAUAGUUUAUUAACAAUGUUUAUGUUCACUUCAGAUUAAACAUUCACUGCAACACUUUCUGUUUACAAAGCAUUAUUACAAUGAGCUUUUAUAUAAAUCUGGAUCCUUUUAUCAUUUCAAAUACUUCCAUUGAAAGAAAGAAAAAUGUUACACAACACUGAGCAGAAGCUGUUCCCAAAGACGUGUGCGUGUAAUGUUUGUGUGUGCGUGCACACUGUAAAGACCCAUGGUUUUCUCAUGCAUGCAUCGACAUCAUAAGGACAACUUUUGAUUUAGCGCAACAUCUGCAUACACAUUAACAGCAGUACUGUACAUGCUUUUAGUGAUAUGUUCAACACUAGACCCUCUGCUGCUCUAAGGGAAUGCUUUUAUCAUUAUGCUACGCUUCCAGCUGUGAAAGUUAUUCGACUAUCUCUGCCGACCUCUAAUUUCCAAGAAUUCCUUGGCGUUAAGCUUGUUGAGACUCGUGAACAUCAUGCCACAACUAUGAAACCCAGAACUCAAGGCUUAUGUUUUCAUUGAUAAAAAUCUUUAUUCGUAAGGAUCUGAAUCUCUUUACUCUUGCCUUGUUAGUGUGCUUGUUGUCCACAAUAAUGCACAAAGUCCAGAGUUAAAACAUAGUAUCCACUGUAUAAAGAGUUGAAGUAACAAUUUUAAUAUGGUGCUUGUGUGUGAUUGUAAUCAAUGCCCCCUCUCCUCAAAAAAAACAAACAAAAAAACA